AUGAACAAUACAUCACGAUUUGAUGUAGGUAAAGCUGCACUUCAACAUCUUGAAUUACUUAAUUGUUCAGAUCAAAAUCCACUUGAAAUUGCAGCACAAUUUCGAACACUUCUACGUUCAAAAAAAUCCAAUAAAAAUAUAUAUUCACCUAAUAUUGAUUAUACAUAUACAGAUUAUAUUGCAGCUGAUGCAACAAUCCGAAGACGAAAGCGUUCACAAAGUCUAGUUGAUCAUCGAUCAAAAUCAUUAGGUAAAAUUCAAUAUGAUCUUAAUGAAGAUCAAUUAUUACCAGAAUCAAAUUCUUCAUAUGGUUUUAUAAAAUAUCAAAAUGUAGAUAAUAUAACUGAAGAUAUGUAUUCAGAUUCAGCUAUGGGUUCUGAUUCUAGUGAUUUAACAAAUCAUAAAAUUGAUUCAAAUAUAUUAUCUCAUUCAAUUGAUAUACAAGAUGAAAUAAAUUAUCAUAAAAUAUCGAAAGAAAAUAAUAAUUCAACUCGAUUCCAAUAUCCAACUAUUAAUUGGAAACAAUUACGUGAAAAACAAUAUGAAAAUAAAUUAGAUAAAGUUAAAAAAUUUCUUUCAACAAAAUUUAAAACAAUUCGUCUAUCAAGAAAUGAAACAAAAGAUUUAACUAUAAGUUCAUCAACAAAUAUUUCAAAUAAAACAGAUUCAUGUACAUAUUCAAAUAUGUUAGAAUCAAGAAAGAAUUCUAAAGAAAUUAUUUCAACGGAAAAUACAUCAUCUUCUUCUUCACGAAGCCGAUCAUCAUCAAAUUCAAUUCGUACACCAUCAAUAUCGCCAACAAAUUCUCCUCGAUUAACUUAUACAGUUUCACGAUUAAAUUCAACAUUAAUAAAUCAUAAUAAUAAUGAGAUAUUUUUUCCAAUAGCAGACUGUAAUCUUAUUAUUAAACAUCAACCUAUGGAACAAACCAAACGAGUCUCUCAUGUUAAAAAUUUACGUAAUGAAAAUAAACUUUUGCUAUGGUAA